ACAGCUCUGUCGGCCGCGGGGCGGGGCAGGGCACUUCGCCGAGCUUCUCUGCUUGCCUCUGCUCGUCCGACUGACCAGGGUGGACGCAGGUCCUUGAAGGCGCACCACUGCAAACCAGACAUAAAGAAACUCUGAGGCGCCUGGAGUGCCGGCUGGAGGGGCGUUCGGUUGGCUUUUCGUGCGUGGUCUUUAGAAUCAGCCUCUCCAGGAAGAGAGAUGUCGAAGCCGCCACCCAAACCGGUCAAACCAGGGCAAGUUAAAGUGUUCAGAGCUCUUUAUACGUUUGAACCCAGAACUCCAGAUGAAUUGUACUUUGAAGAAGGUGAUAUUAUCUACAUUACUGACAUGAGUGAUACCAAUUGGUGGAAAGGCACCUCCAAAGGCAGGACGGGACUAAUCCCAAGCAACUAUGUGGCUGAGCAGGCAGAAUCCAUUGACAAUCCAUUGCAUGAAGCUGCAAAAAGAGGCAACUUGAGUUGGUUGAGAGAGUGUUUGGACAACCGAGUAGGUGUUAAUGGCUUGGACAAAGCUGGAAGCACCGCCCUGUACUGGGCUUGUCACGGGGGUCACAAAGAUAUAGUGGAAAUGCUAUUUACUCAACCAAACAUUGAACUGAACCAACAGAACAAGUUGGGAGACACAGCUUUGCAUGCUGCUGCUUGGAAGGGUUAUGCAGAUAUUGUCCAGUUGCUUCUGGCAAAAGGUGCUAGAACAGACUUAAGAAACAAUGAGAAGAAGCUGGCCCUGGACAUGGCUACUAAUGCUGCCUGUGCAUCUCUCCUGAAAAAGAAACAGGGAACAGAUGCAGUCCGAACAUUAAGCAAUGCCGAGGACUAUCUUGAUGAUGAAGACUCAGAUUAAUUCCUUUCCAGAGCUUUGAGAUCUAAAACUUGUGUUGCUUUUGCCAUUUCAAAACCUUGUCUUUGCCAGAAGAGUGUUGGUAACUGUAAAAAAAAGAAAAAAGAAAAAAGAAAAAGUCUAUAUGAACGUGGCAGUAUUGCACUGUUUGAAUAAAACAUGUAAAUGAAUACUUCUCACCUUCAGUUUGCCAAUAAGUGACUGGAUAUUUUGCUGUAUAAAGUACAUUUUUGUUCACCAGAGUAGAACAAGAAGAGAUUAUUUCUAUUUAUCAAGCUUAAAGGAAUUUUAAGAAUUUUUUUCUUUAAAAAAAAUCGGGAUUUUUUUUUUUUAAAGUUCUUUACCUCAAGAAUUGAGAUAUUUUGAAUGGAUUUUUCAAGGGGGGAAUGCUUAUUAUAAUAAUAAACCGAAAGACUUAAUAGAAAAUCGUCAGCUAUUCUGACAAAAAUAAACAUUUUAAGAGACUUUAUUUCCUUUGUUUUGUGGUAUCACUCUUUGCUGGUAAAUAAAUAAAGCUUUUUAUAUUUA